GCCGGCGCAGCGCCGCCGCCAGUCCCUUCGCGACGCUCGCGCCGACAUGUCUCCCCUGUGGAUCGUGCUCACACUGCUCCCCAUCCUCGGGGGCGCAGAAAGGUUCAACUGCCGGGGCCGGAUCCUAGGCGCGUACUACGCGGACGCCAAGUCCGGCUGCAAAGCGUUCCACGUCUGCGUCCGCGUAGCGGGCGGGGGCAUCCGGGACUUCAGGUUCUUCUGUCCCCCCGGCACGCUGUUCCACCAGGAGGCGCAGACCUGCACGGACUGGGGCGACGACGACCCGCUGGCCUGCCCCGCAGACCUCUACGACGGUCAGUUUGAUCUCUACAAGAUCGGAUCCGGAUUUGAUACAAAGAAACUGUCGUCGCCUGGUGCCCGCGAGGAAGAAGCGGAGUUCGGGCUGCAGCGCGCCGAGACCGGCGACCGCCGCCUCGCGCAGAACAACGGGAACGCGCCCGCGUCCGACCUGCGCGCCGCGCACUCCUCCGACUUCUUCAGCGGCCAGCGAGACCGCGGCCGCGACGACCCCGCCCCGCCCGCGCCCCCCUUCCCCGCGCCCCCGCGCCCCAGCGCGUCUCCUUCAGGAGACCCACCAGCCCCCGGACCACCCCUACCACCCAGUACACGAAUCCGCCAUCGCCACCUCCCCCAAAACCAUUCAGCAACAACCAAUAUGACACCAAGCGGAAACUCGUGCGCAAACGCCCCAUACAUGCGUCCACUCUGGCUCCCUCGACAUUUGUGCCUAGCUCUCCACAGCCACAAUUCCCGGAAUACCAACCACCUACGAAUUUCGAGCGUCGGGUCCCGCAGCAGAACAGACCGAACCCUACUACGGCACCGGCUAGCGUCCCUCCUCAGUAUAAAGAUGAGUACGUCGAAGUCAGCCGCGUGACCCCUAAGCAAAACAGAUACUUCUCCAACAAUCCCUCUCCCGCUCCUUUCUCCCAACCGACAACCCUAAACCCCUAUUUCAGGAAAAAGGAAGGGCUUGUUGAGUUGUACAAUUACAACGCACAAUCCACCCCGGGA